UCUGCGCCCCUCGCUCUGCUUCAUUCCGCUGGAGGCCGCAGCGGGCGCCCCUCCAGCCACCAGCGUGCCGGGCACCGAGUCGCCGGGAAAGGGCAGAUGCCAGUGGAGGCCGAACACCGGGUCGGAGGGUUAGCUACGUGGCUAUGGCCAGGUUGGGCAAGCCCAGGGGCAGACCCUCUCGUGAGCCCGGGUCCGUCUGGGUUUGGCUUUCCCAAGAGAGGCCUUGGGCCGCUGCAGCAGCGAGGCCCAGAGCUGACUCGAGGCCGCCCGGCGAUCCGUCAGCCCCUCGCGAGUCGCGGGAUGCCGCGGCGGCGCUGGAGCGGGAGCGCUGCCCGUUCCUUCACGCCGCCCCGCGUCUCGAGGGGUCUCAGGAUGGCGCCAGCAGCGACGGCGAGCUGGCUCUGGCAGGUGCCGGGCGCGGGCUCCCAGGGUGCGCCGGGACCCGCGCGCUUUCGCCUUCGGUGCCUCUGGAGAAGCAGAUGUCCUGCGGUUUGCCUCGCCAGAGAGAGCCGGGUCAAUUCCUGUGCUCCCCCAUCAAAGGACAGCUUGGAAUUCAAGGGAUUCUGUGUGGCUGCUGCAUACACUUCCAUGCAAACCUCGACACGUACUGCCCACACCCUCCCACUCCUCCCCGCACUGGGUCAGAGUGCGUGGCACCAGCGGUGAGGGAGUGUCACAAUCAUGUCACAUUCGGCACCAUCGUGUUUGGACUGAGGCUGGAAGCCUCUGUGCCCUUGGAUUUCCCUGAGGCUGCACAGGAUGCUCUUAGGACGGCGGAAAGUCACACGCUUGUUCCGCUCACCGACUGCGCUCGCUGGCUCUCACCGUCUCCCAUCUUGCAUCCCGCUGCCGCAGCCAACCGAGCUCCCCGAGGUCAGCUGUACCCGGGCAUUGACGUCGUGAUUCUCCACCUGCGGAUUUAUCACCUUGAGAUUGAGUCAAAUCUCCUUAUCUUUCACUUGGGAGUACAAGAACAGUCUAUUUUUCCCCCUCACAGUGUAUCUAAAAAUCCCAGUGAAACGCGCACUUUCUAGUUUUCUUAUGCCAAAUCAACCUCUCUUAAUCUUUCACUUUGUACUUUCUCUCCAAAAUCUUGACUUGAACAUCUAUCUGUCCUCGGCCAGUCAAAGAGCCGCCUCCACUGGACCAUUUGCUUCUGCAAGAUUUUCUGGUCGUGGGCAGUGAGAAGGGUAGAAGGCACUUUGCCGCACAGGCAGAGUGGCAGGUUCCUCAAAAGUUGGACUCAACUAGAAAUCUCUUGUUGGUAUCUAUUUUCAGAUUCAGAAAAAAGGUUUCAUUUUAGUGAACAAGUGCAGGGAAGACACAAAGAAAAGCAAAUUUUCAUAUUGACCAUGGUCAUAAAUUGUAUAAAAGCACUCAGCUCCACUUGAAAAAAGAGUUGCUAUUUUAAUAUAAACUUUUCUUACGGGGAUUUUCAAAAUAUAAAACAUAUAAUGGUCAGGAACAUGAUAAUCUCUUUACAACCUGUGAUCAUAUUUUUUAACAGGAUUUUGCUUUCCAGUGCAGAUGGUUUGACGUAGUAACAUUCAAAGCAGCCAGCACUCAGUUAGGAAAUGCCAAGGCCAAUACUUGAAUGCAGAUACACGUUUUAACAAAAGAAAAUGUAUAUUCCUGUAGCUGUUUGCCUGUGAAUAUUCCCCAGAGGAUUAAUACACUAUUCUUGAAUCUAAUCCAAGUUGGCAAACUCUCUAAAAAGUCUGUGAGGUGUCAACCCUAAGGCACAUAGAAUUCCUUGUCACCAAAUAUUUUUGAGUAUCUACCAUGUACCAGGUAUUAGACUAUUGUGUUAGUGUUUGAGACCUUAAACUUUCAUCUUGACUUGAGUGUGGGGGCAAGGACAAGGAAGGUGGGAUUUUAAGGUUGGUUUCCUCCGGUUUUGUUAAAUUGUUAAAGUAUUUGUACUUAAUAGCAAUCUUUAAAUCUUUAAAAUAUUUAUUGAACUCGCUCUUACAUUUUUAGGUAUUUUUACAAGUAAAGGAGAGAAAGUCAGUGUUUAAGCCAACUCAUUUAUUGGAAAAUGAAUGCCAGCACAGGCUUAACUUUUGGCUUUCCAACUGGAAGACCUUAAUAUCAUGACAACAUUUUAUAAUAGUGUUAUUUCCAUCAUGCCAGGUGAUAAUUUCACCGUAGAUUCCUUAUGAUUGGUGACCAUAGCCCACUCAAGCCUGUUUUUACCUCCUGAUUCCAUAAGGAGCCAUAACAAGAAAAAAAACCUUCUUUCUCUGGCACCCUUGCUGAAGGGAGGGGUAAAGGAAGUGCCAAGCAGCUAGGCUGAUCCUCUUCUCAUUGUUCCUUGGGAGAACUUGGAACAGGACCAGCUCAGAUCCAGUUCACUUCAGAGAAUCCAUGUCUUACAAGGAGUGAUGAGCUCUAUUGUCUUUGCCUCUAAUCCCAAAACACAGACAACUUCAAUGGAUCUGGAGACACACAGAUAUAAGGAGCCGAGAGGCCCCAUUCUACUCUUAACUCAUGCACUGUGUCACAGUGCCUAGGCACACUGCAUAUCUUAGCUACAUACUCCAUUUUUACAGGGUCUAACCCCUCUUCCCAUGUCCUCUCCCUCUAUACCUUCCCCAGCCCAUGCCUGGCAAGUGGGCCUGCCUCCAGGAACCAGACUGGGCGGAUGCUAUGAUGUCAGGACACCCGGCAGCAGUGUUUCUAACGUGUGUUAGACCAUGGUUGCCUUUUCCUUUCCCUGGAAAAGUACACAAAGUGCAAGUUGUCUUCCAGGCUGUGAGGCACACAUCCAAAUGCCCUAUGUGGUGGGCCCUCCCAGGCCCAGGAGAGUGUGGAGGAGAACACAAGUGUGUCAUAUGGGUGUGUUCACCAGUCCUGCCCCCCUCUGCCUCAUCCUUGACCACAUUCUCUUGACAGGCCAUAUGGCCUGGAACUGACCUGGAAUGUAUUAAGAGCAUUGUCUUGUAAAACCCUUGCAAAGCAAGGGAGCAAUGGCAGAGUGGGAUUUAAGACUUAUUAAUUCAUUUAACAUGUAUUUAUUGAGGAUCUUUAGUAUGGUAGGCCAUGUGGUAGGUACUAAGGAUACACCAAUGAAUAAAGAGCUAUGGUCUAGUGAGAAGACAGACAAGUAAAUAGGCAAUUAUGAUACAGUAUGAAUCAGAAAACCUGGAUCCAAGAUCUCUAGUUAAUAAUCUAUUAUCUUGGGCAAGUCAUGCCGCUUGUUGGAGUCUUGGUUUCUGAAUUUGCAAAUUAAGGAUAUUCUGAGGGUUAAAUGACAUGGAUGCAUAUUGAUGCUUUAAGUAAUUAUGAUUCUUUCUUACCUAUUUACAGGAACUGACCUCCCACACCUCCAAGAACUUGGAGAGGAAACCAAGGGGAAGAAAUUUGACUCCGUGCCUAGUAUCUAGUGGUCUAGAGUACAUACAUUAAGUCACUGCAACAAAUAUUUCAAGAGAAAAAGUCUGUCAUCUGCCUUGAUGGUAAGACUUUUAUCAAGAGAAAAUAUCUACAUUUUCACUGUUUACUGAAAAGUAGGAAUACUCUAUUGUGCAUUAUAUUCUGUUGUACUCUGUUGUUUUAUUUUACAGCAAUUAGAGAAGACAUGGAGUAGAUCUAUGAUGAAUAGAUUUUUUAAGUUUCAAAGCCAUUAUUUUGGAUGUUAUUCUCCAGUGAAACAACGAUGGAAUUAAUUUUGGGAUGUCAUUGACAUAUGAGGUCUUAAGGGAAGGAAAUCGUAUCAGUUAGAAUACAAUUGAGCUGUAUCAGAAAAUCCAAAAUAACAGUUUAAACAACAGAGAAGUUGAUUUCUCUCACACAUAAACAUAGGCAAGCCAGAGUUAAUAUGGCGAAUAGCUCCUUGAUUAUCAGGCACUUGGGCUUCUUCUAGUUGUUUGACCAACAUCAAGAAAUGACUUUCACCUUGUAGUCCAAGGUGGCAGCAUUCUAACCAGCAGCAAGCCCCCUCCGUUCCAGCCCCCUCUCUUUAAGGAGACUCCACAGAAACCAGAACCUAGUGUCAUAGCCAUAUGCAGCUGCAAGGAGGACUGGGUAAUGUAGUCUUUACUCUGGAUGGCCUUAGGCCCAUCUAAAUUCAGGCUUCUAAAGAAGAGAAUGGGUAUUAAGGGGUGACCAACAGUCUCUCUCAUAGGAACUUGAAUUGGUGAACACUAUCCAGAACCAAUGAAUCUUUUAUGUGUUGGCACCAUAAUCAUUGUCAUUGGUUCUGGAUAGUGUUCACUGUUCCCUUUGCUGCUUUUAUGGGUUUUAAGCACUAUAUGCAGUGGCAGGACUCUGUUUUGGAACCCCUCAGCAUAUUGCUACUACUUGCCUACUCUUAGUUGUGGCUGCUGGUAUGUGACUUUCUGCUUAGAUUGGGGAGGUGUGAGCAAAGAAGGUGGGUGAAUCUGAGAGACAAGAGAUGUCAGGAGCCUGCCUGGGGAAGAUCUUCUUCUGGACUGUGGGGAAUACCACUUGUACCAUGUGGCAGCAAUCCCUUCGUGAGAUUGGUCCUAGGGUGUCAAGCAGGCCUCAUGAGUGGGUCUUCUGGAGGAGUACUUCAUUGUUUUCCUUGAAAGAUGGGAUGAGAAAUACGACAGAACAUAUUAGAGGAAUAGUGGAAGCCCUGGGUUCUUCCUGGGUCUUUCACCAUGUAAAGCAGGCUUGGAGGGCAACUGCAGAAGCUGGAAUCUACCUUGCUACAGCCUUGGCAGGCAAAGGCUGCAGCAAAAAUGUGCAGCCCAGGUUGCCCUGAGGGGCAGAAUCAAAACUAUAAGCAGACUCCCUACAUACAGCAGAGAAAGCCCUGCUCAGCUAGAGCCCAAGGACAAUCUCCAAAGAUAAGUGUGGAGAGACUUAAUUACCAUUUAAAGUUGUCCUGGCCUGACCUUUCUGUGCGGUAAACUUUGCUUCUGAACCUUAUCUUGUGUUAGUACUUAUAGGCUCGAUUCUCCCCUCCAAGCCUAUGAGGAUACUCAGCUACAAACAUGGCCUUUGAGGUGUAGAAGGAGGGGGGUGGGAAGGACCUGUGGAUCCCCAGUCUCCCCUGGGAUCCCCCUUCAGGAUGCUGCUUGGCUUGGGACAAGUCUGAGCAUGGAGGUUACAUGCAGAGCAUUAAUGCCAAUGUGUGGGGAGAAGGAUUCUUUCUCUGCCGGAACAUCUGGAGUGACACUGAGGACAUACUUAUACACAUUUACACGAGCCCCGGGGGAUUCCCAUGCCUGAGAGAACUGGCUAGAUAGUUCCUAUUACACAUUUAUUUCCUUAAAGGAAGUAUUUUAUAUUCUACCCUGUAAUUCAAUUCCUUUGGCUCUCCACCAUGCUAAAAAGCAAAAGAACAUAUAGUCCAAACAAUUUUUAAAAUCAAGUUUUUUUCCCUCCAGAUAGUAAAUGUUCACAAUUCGUGCAGCUUUUACACACAUCUGUAAGCUAUGACUUGUUUAU